AUGUGCUGGAAUCAGUAUAUGUCUAUACUACUUUGGAAUUUGAAGGAUGAAUUAAAGAAUGAGGAGGAACCAAUUAUUUACAGCUUUAAACAGCUGCGAAGAAAGAUAGUAGCUAAAGAUUUCAGGCUAAGUGGUUUCUUUGAUUCAAUUUAUAAUGCAUCACUUCUCAAAAAUAGAAGUGAUAAGUAUUUAAUUAAAUUAGACAAAAAAUUAGCUGUAGAAUAUUAUAUUAUUUGUAGAAAUCAGAAUUCUAAUUUAACAGCUUUUAAAAAAGAUAUUUCUCUUUUUGUAGAUUUAAUGAGAGUUUCUGCAGAAGCUAUAAAUGCCUUAUUAUAUGCUGAUUUAAUGAUUUCACGAAGGCAUCUAAAUAGAGAAAAGACAGCCAUUGCUGAUAAUCAUCUGUAUAGAGAAGAGUAUAAAAUGAAGGACAUAAUACUUUUGGAUUUUUUUGAAUUAAGUCUUAAAGAAAUUAAUUCAUAUAUUUUUGCUUUGCAAAAAGUUCAUGAAACUUCUUUAUUAACUAAUUAUUUAACUAAUAAUGUUAUUUUAAUUGUAGCUGAUUAG